AUGGGCAUCCAAUGCCAUCCACACUGCCACCACCCACUCCCCAACAUCGGCACCGCCCGCAUCAAGACCGAAUUUUCGAUGUGCGCGGGACCGCCGGAAUUUCGCGUCAACGUUCGGCACGAUGUCGCGUCUACAUCCGUCUUCAAGGCGCAGUCGCACGGCGUUCAGGAGAUACGCAACAUUGGCACUGAACACUGGCCGCUGAAGCUUGACGUCGAUUUUCACCGCGUUCCGCACCUCGGAAACCACCCAUCCGACCAAUACUACCUGAGAGCAUGCAUCGAAACAGUGCGGACGAAUCAUCGUGACUGCUUCAUCAAUGAGACGUUCCGCGCCUCGGAGAUGGAGGAUUGUAAUGUUGGGGGAAGAGCCGCUUCUCUUCCAAUUCUGGUCUCUGGUGGGCUGGUGAGCCUCUUCUUCCUCUCAGCCUUUAUUCUGGUGGCCGUCGUGAUCCAUCGGCUCUACAGAAGACUACACGGGCACCCAAAUCGAAAAAGGGGCAGCUUCACCAAGCAGCAGCACUCAUCGCAGCUUCUACCAUCCCACCAAAGCCGAAAACCGUCGCUAGACGACGAUCGGUUGACGGUGAUAGCGGAAGAAGAAGAGAGCGACGACGACAAUCCAUGCUCACCAACUUUCGACAAACCUCCACCAAUCCCGCCUCACACAUAUGUCCUCACUGAUGCCUCGUUGAGCGAUAAAUCGUGGACGCCGCUGAUCUGCUCGCCGCGCCGCGACUCCUCGUCGAGCGGAUUUGGGAGCGAGCCGUUAGACGCUGGAUUGGAUGGGGAAUUAGUCAUCCCUCCACUGAUCCCCUCCUCGAUCCGCUCGCAGACGAUGGUCACCUUCCAGCCUUCCCGGUCAACGUUGCAGACAUUCCGCCCGUUAGCCAACCAAGUG